CAGCUCGAGGUGUGCCUCAGUGAGGGCAGUGCCUCGGUGCUGGGAGGAGAGGAGCAGCAAGACAACAGAUGUGAUAUGCUCGUUCUUCUACCCACGGAUAGAUACGUACUGCUCUCAGUUGUCUGGUGACUGGUCAUCCGUCCCCUGCUGCUUCAUGACCUCUUAUUAACGUUACAUUGUUUCCCCAUGAAUUGUGAAAGAUAGAAGUUGGAAAUUACAAUAUUUCGUCAUUAAGUUAUAUUUCUAUAUAGUGAAUUCAGAAAAGGAAAAGAGAAAGAAGUGUCAAGGGUCCAGUAAGUGUUGCCUCAGCAUGAGAACGCGGAGAAAGUAGUGUACUAAGUGCAGGACGUGGCAGUGGCGGUGGCAGUACUCUGACGGGAGAGGCCAAGUGCUCACUGCUCAGUAAGGCGCCGUGCUCGUACAAGUAUGACAAGUAACGCAAUCCGAGGCAUCAGACGCAAGAAGUCCUCCCUCUCAGAAGUCAAAAUUGCCGUGUUGGGGGCGCCGGGGGUUGGAAAAAGCGCGUUAAUCGUUCGCUUCUUGACCAAAAGAUAUAUAGGAGAAUAUGAUCAUCAGGCAGAACAGAGAUACAGGAAUGAGAUUUUGGUGGACGGGGAACCAGUGCUGUUUGAAAUCCUCGACACAUGUAACAAGACAAUGGAGGCGCUACCGUCGCAGGAGACCAUCAACUGGGCUGACGGUUUUCUACUUGUUUACUCCAUUACGGACCGCCAAAGUUUUAACUGGGUUAAGCGGGUAAGGCUCCACAUAUGUGAGCGCAAGGCGGGAGGACGUGGAAGUGGCUUAAGCAGCGCCGCCACACUCACGCCUACGCCGCCUCUCCCUCCGUCUGGUGGAAUGGGCGGCGAUAUUUCUCCGACUCUAGGGCCUCCAAUGGUGCUCCUGGCCAACAAGGCGGACAUGGUGCACCUCAGACAAGUGUCCACCGAGGAAGGUGAGAUCUUGGCCAAAGACCUGGAGUGUUUCUUCUGUGAGGUGGCAGCGUCAGAACACGUAAUGCAGGUGGCAAACGCUUUCCACGAAGUGUUUAAGGAGGUGCAGAAUAUGCGCAAGAGGAACAAGACGUCGCUGCUGGACAGAGUUUUGGGGAGUAAGGCGACGCGAAUAUACGUGCGAGGGAAAAGCGACUCGGCCUUACCUAAGGACUGACUCUUGAACCUCAUGUUAUAGUGAGCUUCAGAUUGACGCCUCUCUUUUACCCGGGAACAUAGUAAUAAUUUCUAUCCUCCAACUGAUACUUGUACCGCGGGCGUUCUCCUCAAUAGAUCUGAAUAUCACAUUCUCAAGUAUUUCGGCGCCUUUUAUCAUAUAUUUUUUAACAGGAACUAGCAGAAGUUAUAUAGGUUGUAAAGGAUGUUUUCAUGAUUCUAGUGAUAAUUUAAGAAGAAUUGUUCCAUGUGAACCCGAAUGAUCAUCUCUGUUGCCUUUAAAAUUAAGCCUUAUAAGAGAACAUAUCGUUUCAAAAUACUGGUUCAAGAACUGCAGCACUACAAUUAUUGCGGUGAUGAUAAGAAAUAUGACUGAUAGAUCAGCAAUAGGACUUGUGCUUAAGUAAGAAUUAAUACAUAUUAAAGUAAUGGUAGAAGAGGUGUGUGUGUGUGUGUGUGUGUGUGUGUGUGUGUGUGUGUGUGUGUGUGUGUGUGUGUGUGUGUGUGUGUGUGUGUGUGUGUGUGUGUGUGUGUGUGUGAUAUUUGAUACUUAUUGGAUGACUGCUUGUUAGUAAUGCUCAAUAUAUGUUUUAUCAAUACUCAAGUCAUGCAUUUUCUCCAGUGCCCAAAGUGUUCUUUUAUUGUCUUCCGGGAAUGUGUUUCCAGUGACAACUACUUUUUCAAUUAUGGUAAAUCAAGGGACGUGCAGAAAGCUCGCACACACAAAGCGAAAUCAGAGGAUGUCACAAAUAAUAAGACCUUACUUCAUGGCUAGAUGGCUUAAUUCUAAUACUUUACACUUUGUUUUUAAACUUUUAUGAAGGAAAGAAACUGCGUACAGUGUAAUGGAAUGAGAAGUUGUAAUACAUAUGCCACUGAUAUGUAUGAAAUGUUUUAAAGGAAAAGUAUAAGUGUAUGUUGGUGUUAUAA